CUCCCCCUGCUUGUGUUCCUUCUCUCAUCCAGAAGUGAUAAAGAGGAAAUUAUCAGUGGCGUUGAGUCCAAGCCACGCUCCCGCCCCUACAUGGCCCUUCUGGAAAUGGUCACUGACGAGGGGUAUGUUGCCAGCUGUGGCAGGUUUCUCCUAAGUCAAGAGUUCGUGAUGAUAGCUGCUCAUUGUAAAGGAAGGAAAAUUACUGUCACUCUGGGAGCUCAUGACAUAAAACAGGAAGAAUCCACAUGGCAGAAGCUAGAAGUCUCAGAACAAAUCAUUCACCCAAAUUACAGCUCGUUCACCAAACUCAAUGACAUGUUACUGAAGGUGCCAGCCAAGCUGACCCACGCCAUAGGGACAAUCUCCCUGCUCACCUGGUCUACCUUUAUUUCACCUGGGAGAAUGUGCAGGGCGGCUGGGUGGGGAAGAACGGGAGUGAUGGAGGUGGUGUCAGAUACUCUGAGGGAGGUGAAGUUGAGACUCAUGGACACCAGGGCCUGCAACCUCUAUUUCUUUUAUAACCAUAACUUACAAAUCUGUGUGGGCAAUCCCAGGAAGACAAGAUCAGCAUACAAGGGGGAUUCUGGGGGCCCCCUGUUGUGUGCAGGUGUGGCCCAACAUAUUGUGUCUUACGGACUUGAAGAUGCAAAGCCACUUUCUGUCUUCACUCGGAUCUCCCCAUAUGUGCCCUGGAUUAAUAAAAUC